GUUGAAAUUUGUCUGCCGGAUGAGAAGGGAAAAACGUACAAUCUGUAACCUAUAAUUAUAAGUUUUUUCUUCGCUUCGCGUUCAGUUGGGCUUUCGAAGGCAUAUCGGCGGCAGGCGAACUGUGUUGGUACGUUAUAUGAUACGAACGAGGUGCUUCGGCAAGAGACUGGAAGUAGUACUAUCGCGCGGUGAAGAAGAGAGCGUUCGUCGGGAAGGCAUUCGCGAGUGUUUUUGUGUGUGUGGAUGUAUGUGACGCACGUUCGGGUGCGCUUCGGCUUGCAGCAGCAAAACUUGGACACAGCAGUACUGUAGAGCGAGAGUGUGCGAAUCGAUUUUCGGGGGCCUUCGCGCGCCGCGUAUCCUCACCUUGCUCUCGCUCUCGCCCUCUCCACUGCGCUCGGGCCUACCCCGCCGCGCGUCUGCCUUGUUUCUCCACACCUUGCCCGGUCACGGAGCUCGGGACCUAAUGAACGCCAGUGAGAAGAGGACUUAAUAAUAGUGUUUAGAGUUUAAUUUCUGCUUCUCUCAUCAAGAGCAUCUCGGCAGCCGUAGCGGGCAGCAGCAGCUACAACAACUCUCGGAUGCUGGACUAACCGCGACCGACCGUCCAAUUUUGGUGGGUCCCUGCGAAGAAAAAUUGAACACCGCGCGCGCCAAUCCGCGGACCAACGAGAAUACGACGGCGCUCGGGCGGACAGACGGACGGAGUCGAUUAUCCGGCCCCGGGUAGAAUUACAUAGUGUUAAUCCCUCGUUCGAACGGAUUUUGGCGUGUUUUACGUGUACUUCGAAGAAGUGGCCCUUUGUUUUACGCCCUCUGCUCUGCUUCGACGUCCGCCAGCUAAGUGUAGUGUGUGCAUUUUGACCAACGUGCGAACCCAUUCUGACCCACUGUGUCUACUAUCCGCAAAUCGGCCGAUUUAAGUGUGCGGAAAAUGUGCUGCGUUAAAACGUCCGUAAUUAGUGAGAUUAAAUGAGCAAGCGUGUGUGGAUUAAAGUGAUACACAAGAAUAGUGUGUAGAAGUACCAACAGCCGGGUACGAAGUGUUAUGAAGUGAGAUGAACAACAAGUGACCUCUUUGCCCCCUUUCUGGAAGAAAGCAGAAGUCCUUAUAGAACUUACGGGAUACCGCCGGUAGCAGAACGUGCCCCAUCGACGGAAGGGGAACCCCGUGUGAGCCCUCAAGAUGAUGGCCUCACCGAGUUUCAUGACCCAGUAUCAUAAUCAUCAUCAGUGGAACAAUAGCAGCCAUCAGACACAGCUGUCACCGCUCAACAUCCUUCCGUAUCAGUACCCGCCGCAGCCCCCGUCCGUCAGCAGUCUCGGCUCGGUGGCAUCGCUCGGUUCGGCGGGACUUUCUCCGACGCAGUCGAUCGCCUCCUCCAACGGUAGCGUCGGAGGCGGAGGCGGCGGGUUGGGAGGAGGCACUGGUGCCGGAGCGAGUACGGCCAGUAGCAGUUUCAGUACGACCGGUGGAGGCGGUUCGAACGCCGCCAGUCCAGACACGGUGACCAGCAGCGCAGCAGCCGCCGCCGCUGCCGUUGCCGCCUCGUCCGCCUACGGGUUCGGCGCGAUGGUCCAGCAGAAUCCAGCCACCGCUGCGGCGCUGGAGAUGACCGCGAGGUCACAGCAGAUGCACUAUCCUUCGUAUCAAUAUCCGGCGGCUAGCUACUACAACAACAUGGCCGGGAAUCCUUGGUUCGCACAGGAGUCGAUGUACCAGGGAUGGCCCGGUGAGGCGUACGCGUUAAAGCUGGAGGAUUACUCGCACCAAACUCAGGCGCAGCGUCGCUGCGCACGUUGUACCUGCCCUAACUGUAUCAACGAAUUGUCCGGGCUGCCACCGGUUGUGGGGCCGGACGAGAAGGGGAAGCGGCAGCACAUCUGUCACAUACCGGGGUGCGAGAAGAUCUACGGUAAAACAAGUCACCUGAAGGCACAUCUUCGGUGGCAUACCGGCGAGCGGCCAUUUCUGUGCAAGUGGUUGUUCUGUGGGAAAAGGUUCACGAGGUCCGAUGAGCUGCAGAGGCACUUUCGUACGCACACAGGGGAGAAGCGGUUCACGUGCAGUAUUUGUAGUAAGAAGUUUAUGAGGAGUGAUCAUCUGGCGAAGCAUGUGAAGACACACGAGAACAAGGCGAAGAAGAUUGCCAAGAAAAGUGAGAAAGCCGAAGAGGCGAAGAUGAAGAAGGAGGACGCCAAGUUAGGGAAGGUGGAGUGCAGUGUGAAGCGGUUAGAAGUUAGUGAUAAGGCAGGGCAGUUGACGGUGCCGAAGGUGAAGAAACUGAAGAACAGUGAACAGCAGGAGGACAUCAAUGCGAACAUUCGGAUGCCUCAGAUCAAGCAGGAGAAAGGGUAUGAAACCAGCGCGAGUAAGACUUUGUUUUCGGGGAUGGGAGAGUACGGUCAGAGUGGGGGUUAUCAAUCAACGGCAAUGAACUAUCACCAUCCGUCAUACUUCCAGAGUGCAUUUUUACAAGAAGCGAGUAAUCCGAGUAAAAACUUGUUCCAUAAUCCGUACUGCGAUAGUGGCUUCCAGAGCCGAACGAAUUUGUUCUCUACCUCGACGAAUAGCAGCAGUGGGUGUGAUUCGUUAGAUCGACGAAAUAAUAACAACGCAAGUAGUGAGGUUAGCAAUAGUCUAGUGAAACUGGAAGAGUACACCAACAGUCACGGUCUACUGAACAACGACAACGGUACCGGCAGCGGCCAUCAGCAGCGAAGUAGCUCCAACAAUAAUCUACUACCUCAUUCGCAAGCUCAAGUGUACCACAUCCCAUCAGAAAUAGCGUCCAAUUACGCGGCCUAUUCGAACGUGAAGCUGGGAUCGGCAGCCUACCAUCACGGUCACCCCCACCAUCAUCAUCAUCACCCCCAUUCGCAUCACCAAGGCAGCGGCAACGGCGGUAGCAGCAGUAGUAUUUACGGUGACGUUAAUCCAACGUCGCACGGUGGUUCAACUGUCAACGAAUCGAACAAUAAUAACAAUAACGGUACCUCCUCCGCGGCAGCGGCGGCUUCAUCGGCAGCGGCCGCCGCCACGUACAACAUGAUGAUGAACAAUUACACGAUCCAUCAUCAUCACCAUCACCAUCUCAGUCAGCAGCAACCGCACCACCAACAGGAGAUCGAACUAUUCAAAUAACUGCGUAACUGUCAGUGUCAGAUGUGGUGGCGGCGCUGCAAGCGUCUGUCUCUAUUGUUCUGCGUGUGCGCAUUUUAGACGCAGCGCGUCUUUUGUAGCCGCCCGUCGAAGCAACCUGUCAAAAAUGUGAGAUUUUUGUGACGUUCCUUUUGUCUGCGCAUCCAAGUAGGCCCCUCGAACUCGAACCGCGCACGGCCGGCUUUGUUUUUAAAAUGCUAACUUUCUUUCUUUUUAACUUGUAAGUAUCAUACGAGGCGAAAGCCAAAGCGGCGCGGCGCUGAUGAAAAAUGUGUUUUAGUCGGUUAGUAAAUAAAAAGCCCCUCUCUCCCGAGUGCCAAUACAAAAGCUUUAGAUUUUGUUUUUUUCUCCGUUCGAGAGAAACAAACGCAGAAAAGAAACUGAAAACUAUUAAAUUAUGUCAUGAUUUAUUUAUGUUCCUACAAUUGUCAGCGGGCGAAAAGACGCGCGGAAAAUGUAAUAUACUCACAAAAGAAAAAUAAGGGUGGAUUGAGAAACCCUCGCGUCGCGAGUGAAAGAAACGAAAACAAAGCACACCUCGUAGGGCAGAAGAACAACGUGCUGCUGCGGACCUAACUAACCCAUACACUCAACAGCCGAGCGAGCCAUUAAAAGCGGUGAAAUUAGCAAUUGUAAAAUAUAAUUAAAUUUAUUUAUAUUUUCAUUAAUCAUCUCAUACAGCCGCUUGCGGUGCUGUCGUUUUUAUUCCCGGAGCUAGUCUCUCUCUCUUUCUCGCCAUCACGGACCACUCUCUAGGUAGAAGAAAAGUAACUGCGAGCAUAUGUACGGCACAAUGCACAAAUCAGGCGACGAUCACACUAACCACUGUUGUAAGGGUAUGCGGUAUGGGAUUUAUUUAUUGUCUCGAAGCGAUGCGAAACGAAACGAUAUGCGGAACUUCUGAUGCUGGAGGACGGUGAAGCGAAAAGGAAUUUGAAAAUGUUUUGUGAGAUCGAUGUGAAAGCUGGAUUUACUUGUUUUUUUAGACUUUUCUUGCAUGUGUCGCGUCGAUUACGUUACGUUACGCCCCCUUAUAACUUCUAUUAUUAGGAGCAGCUUUACAGGAUUAUUAUCAAGAAAUUUCCUCCAGGAGUUUCUCCAAAGGCUUCUCAACGAGUUUCUCCGGAAAUUUACGGUGAAGUUCCUUCAGGUGUUCCAAAUGUCCCAACCCAUUACAACUUUUUCAGGAUUCAGAAAUUAAAAGUUUCUCAGAGAUUUCCACCAAAGGUUUAUCCGAAUUUUUUUUUUCUAAAAUUUUCUCAAUAAGUUUAUUUAGAAAUUCUCAAGAUAUUUAUCCAAAGCUUGCACAAGCAAUUUCUUCUUUUCCCCUACGAGUUCCACAAAAAAUGGGACCAAAUUUCUUUUGGUGUUUCUUCAAAAAGUUUUCCGAAAAUAUGUUUGAAAAAUUCCCGGGAUUUUUUCUAAAAAUUCAUCUUAGAUUACCGUCAAAAAUUUUUCCAGGGGAAAAAUCAAUAAUUGAGAAGUACAUGGUCAAAUUAAAAAAAACCACACCUAUUGAAGGAUUUUCCUUGAUUUCUUGAAGGGACACCUAAUGGAAUUGCCAAAGGGAUUCCUAACUAAAUUUCUGAAGAAGCUUGUAGAACAGUUCCCGAAGAAUCUGCUAGAAAUAUUUCUGUACGAACUCCUGAAGAAGUCUCGGAAGUAUCUCUUAGACUUUUCAAGAAAGAUAAUUGCAAAAACUUCUGGAAGAAAUACAUGAAAGAACUUCCAGAAUGAACUCCUUUUUCAAGGGGGGCUUCUAGAAGGAUUUCAGAAAGAACUUUUGCAGAAACGCCAGCAUAAACUGCUAAAGCAGUCACUGCAGUAUGAACUGAGAGAGCUUCUAGAAGAGUUUCUGCAGGAUCUCCUGGUGAUAUUCGUGUAUUUUUACCAGAGGGAUUUCUAAAGUUAUUUCUGGAAAAUCUUUGGCCAAUUCGUGGAGGAAUUUUCAAAGCAACUCAUGCCGCAAUUACUCGAGGAACUCCUCCAAGAAUCUUCCGAAAUAUCUCCUAGAAGAAAUCCUGUAGCAGUUCAUGAAGAAACUCUUGGUAAAAUUUCUGAAGAAACUCUUAGAUGGAUUGCUGCAUAAAGUUCAAAAGGAACUUCUGGUGGUAUUCCAGAAGGAAAUCCUCUAGGAGGAACGUUGCAGGUUCUCGGGAAUACCUUCUAGUGAGAUUUCUGUGGAAGUUGGGACUUUUCGGAAAUUUCGUAAAUAUUAGAUGAUCUUUUCAUCUAAUCCUCCAGAAAAGUGUUUCUUUAGAAAUUUCUCCAAGAAUGGUUAUGGGAUUGUAUCUCGUCGGAUUCCGCUUAGUUAUCUCUAAAGAAGUAUUUUGUUGAGAUUCCAUUACGUACUUUCCUGAGAUUCUGAUGUUUUUUUUUUAAAUUCCUUAAAAAGUAGAUUAAAGAUUCCUCAACUCCAUAUUUCUCUCAAUUUUCUCCAUAAAAUUUAGCACAAUUCUACUAGCUUAUCUCUUGAAAUGCGUUGCGACGUGUUUGUGUGUUUCCUCAAAGGCAAUAAUGGUAAAAUCAGUGCUGGCUACUCAAGGUUUCAAAACUUCAUCGCCCCCUACAUUGCUCUCAAGCAAAUCACUUCACUAUUGCGCCCAAUUAAGAAUUAUUCCGGGAAAACCCCUCCAUGCAUUAUGAUUUCACGAAGCGUUUAUGGAACUGUCGCGGAAAGGACAUCCUUGAUGGUAUUCCUUUUAUUGUAUUUUGCAAGAAUUCAUCUUGAAAUUUCUAGAAAUUUUUCCAGUAUUAUCUCAAGGAUCACCACCAGACACUUCUUUGGUGAUCCUUUGAGGAUUUAUCAGAAAAUUUCUGGAAUGUUUCAAAUAAUUUUAGCUAGGAUUCCUCUAAAGAUUCCUUUUAGUAUCCAUUCAAAAUGCAAGGCUGUCGUCCACGCAUUCAUUUGAAAAUUUAUCCAGCGAUUCCACCAGAGAUUCUUUCAGGUAUUUUUAGAAAAUCUUCUUGGCACUUCUUCAACAGUUUUCGAGAAAUUUCUUAAAAAUAUUUAUCCUGAAACUAGUCCAGAUUUCCACUGAAAAUCCCCAUAAUAAAGAGCAAAUAAUAAUAAUAAAUUCUUCUGGAAUUUCUUAAGGGGCUCUUAAAAUGCUCAAGGAUUGCUACAUAAGUUCAUGCUUGUAUUUUUUCAUGAAUUUCUUCUAACAUUUCUCCUAAAAUUUUUCCAGAACAUUUUCUUCGGAAUUCUCCCGAAUAAUUUUCUAUAAAUUUCUCAAGAAAUUCUUCUAGAAAUUUCUCAAGAAAUUUUCCUUUUAAUUUCUCCUGGGGUUUCUCCUGAAGUUUCUCCAAACGUAUCUGCAAAAGAUACAAUUCUUGGAGAAAUUGUUUUAUAAAGUUUCGGAGAUUGUUUCAAGAAUUUAUGAAGUUACUUUAUUGGGAUUUAGGCAUUGCUUUGAAUUUUAUUCCUUUAAGAAUCGUUUAGAUUUAUUUUUCCAAAGAUUCUUUCAACAAUUUCUGCAGGAAUUACUCCAGAAUCUGAUUCUUAGCAUUUUUCAAGGAAUUGUUUAAGAUUUUUUUUUUCUAUGAACACUUGCAGAGGCUUCACCAGUUCUAAGACUUGUUUUUUUUUAAUUUCUUGCACUGGACUACUUUCAGAUUUUUUACAGGCAGUAGUUUAGAGAUUUUAGUGUACAAAUACCUUCAGAUAUUCAAUGAGAUUUUUUUCUGAAAAUUUCUUCAGAGGUAUCUCCAAGAGUUCUUCAGAAAGUCUUCUCAGAAAUGCAUUGAGGGAAGGAAAGAAGAAUUCCACCAGUCUGCGAUCUCCGCAGAUUUUUUAAAGAGAUUCCUUAGGAAUUUCCCUACGUUUUUUUCAGGAGUCCUUCCAGAAGUUACUCUAGCAUUUUUCUUUGGGAUUACUUCCAAAGGUUUCUCAUGAUUUUUUUUUUGAGAAUUCAGGAAGUAUCUUAAGGCGUAUCUUCAAAUAUUCUCUUAGGUAUUAUGCAAGGCAUGCAUCCGGGAAUCGCGCCAGAGAUAACUUCAGAAAUUGGUUAAAGAAAUUUGGCACAGGAGUUCCAACAUACAAUAUCAAGAAUUUCCUCUAGAAGUUUACAAAAUAUUUCCAGAAAUUUUUAAUGAAUUUCUUGACAGAAAUUUUUAUGGGGAUUUCUUGAGAUAAUCCUCCAAGGAUUUCUUAGAAAUUAUUUGAAGAGUUCUUUAGUAAUUUUCAGGCAAUUUCUGCAAGGAGAAGGGAUAUCUGGACAAAUUCUGAAGUGAUCUCUUAAGACAACUGAGGAGUUUUUUUGUAUUAAGCCUGCAGAGCAAUUUCCAAAAAAAAGUUGCAUGAUUUUUUUGCAGAAAUAAUUGAAGGAGUUUCACAAAGAAUACUUAGAGAAAUUCUGGGAAGAAUUUUCGAAAUAAUUCCUGUAGGAUUUCUAAAGAAGUUUUAUAAGGAUUUCUGCAAAACUUCAUGGAAAUUUUUUUUGAGGAUUUUUGAGAAAGCCUCUGGAAGUAAAAAUAUCUUCUCAAAAGAAUUUCAAAAGGAACCCUUCAGUAGAAUCCCUUUAAAAAACUUAUCUUAAAUGAAUUUCUGGAGAAAUUUUCGGAAAAAUCUCAGGGAUAUUUCUGAAGCAAUCUUUGGAGGAAUUUCUUAAGAAAUUUCUGAAGAGAUACCUGGAGAAACUUCUCGGACAACCCUUCGUGGAAUUGCUAGAGAAUAAUUAAUAAGGAAUUUACAGGAAAAGUCAUGAGAAUCCUUUAAUAAAAUUAUUGCUGGAUUUUCUAGCAAUAUUUUUGAAUAAAUCUGUGGACGAGUACCUAAAAAAAUAACCAGAAUGCCUCGAGAAACGCAUAGGUAAGUUUCUGCAAAGAAUCAUGGAAAAAUAACUCGUGAGAUAUUUCUAAAGGAAUUUCCAUGGAAUUUCCCAGGAAAUAUUUUGAAUUUAUUUUUUAAGAACCCGUGGAAAAAAUAUUGAAAUUAUCCUUAGAGAGGACAUGGCGGAUAAAUUUCUAGGGUAAUACAUGGAGGAAUAUCUGGAGAAAAUCCUGAAUGCUCGAGAAAAGUUUUUGUAAAUAUUUGAAAAAAAAAAGUGGAAUGUAGCAAAAUUUUCUUGAAGAAAUAAUUGGAGAAAUUUUAAGGUAACGUUUCAGAAAAAAGUUUGACUUUUGUUUCUAAUUUCCAACCAAACUUUUAAAGAAAUUUACUGGAAAUUUGAGCUGAAAUUGUCUUAAUACUUUGCGCAAAAAUUUACUACAACAUCCAAUAUUUCAGGAUCGACGUAGUUUAACUUUCAAAAUAUAUUUGAGAAAUCCAAUGAGCGGUAUAAAAUGCAUUUGGUAGGGAUGAAGUGACAUUAUGUCCUGAAAGGGUAAAAAAAUGAAAUCGUUAUUACAAUUUUUCUUAAAUAUUUUUACCAGAAACUCAUUGUGCUGUGAUCUGAAAUUCCCUCAAAUUUUAAGCUCUUUUUAUGAAAUUCCCUAGGACUAUUUCCAAAAUUUUCCCUAGCAAUCUUUCUGGAAGUCGCACACUUUCAUCAAUUGCCACUCAGAUAAUCCAGACCUGUAAUUUGCAUUUUGCCCCCCUGAAGUCCGCAGUUGAAGUAGUCAAGAACUCUUCAAGACAUUUCUCCAGCAAACUAGUUAAUAAAUUAUAGAUGAUGUCGAUAAAGAUUUCUCAAAAGCUAGUUUUGAGAUUCCUUUUUAAAAUUUCAGUUUUUGUUUUUUUAAAUCUGAUAAAAAUAUCAAAUUUUUAGUCUUUUCCUCUACUUUCAGAGAUCAUUUCAGGAAUUCUAUUAGAAAUUCUUUCAGAAAUUCUCCUGCAAUUGAUGCGGCAGUAUCUGUGUGCGUUUUUCGCGGAUAUUGUUAAUAGCUCCCAACAUAUUAACUGGGACUUCACCAAAGUUAUUCCCAUGAUUGUAUUUUGAAAUUUUCUUCAAUUUUUGUUUUUGUUUUUCUUCAAAUUUUCAUUUUAGUGUUGGAGAUCAUUUUAGGAAUUCUAUAAGGGAUUUUCUGAGAAUUUCUCGCAAUUUAUCCGGUACUAUCUUUGUGCGCUUUCUCGUGGAUAUUAUGAAUAACUCUCAUCAAAUUAAAAUGAAUACUUCCAUGAAAAUAAUUUUUCAGGAAGUUUGUUGAAUAUUUCAGUAGUUUUUUUCAGGUUUUUUUAUAUCAAGAUUUUUCUCAAGAACACCACUACCAACUCCUUCACUGAUAUCUUCAGCCUACCAAAGCAUAAUGCUGGCUAAUCCUCUUUAGUGCAUUUUAAAGUGAGUCAGAACUUCCCUCAAAAAUGUAUCGGGGAUUCCCCAGACAUCACAACAGUUUCAAAAUGUAGUCUUUCCAAAGUCAGAAAUACCAUUCAAGGAUCUAAGCGAAUGCUCUGAAGCUCUUCUAGAUUGCUAAAAAGCUGGAAAUUUCCAAAGUAUUUUAUAAGUAAAACUUUGGGAAUUUUACGGUUCAAUUUGUUUGUUUUUUUUUUUUAAUUUCUUCAGAAAUUAGUUUGAAAACUAUUUUUAGAGUGCCAGGACCUCCUAUACAGAAACAGCAGACACUUUCCACAAAAAUGUCUCCACGUGUUACGCUUGGGGUUUUUCAAAAUGCAUUGACGAUUUUUAGAAAAAAAAGUAGAACACCAGAUUUUUGGAAAAAUGUCUUAAAAGCUUUUGAAGAAAUCCAAAAUAUUUUCACUAACUGCCAGCCGCAUCAGACGAGAUGAUGACGAAUGCCGAAGACUUACUACUCACAAAAGAAAUCAGAGUCUGGUUAUUUCAAAGAAGUUUGGUACGCAGUUUGAGAUACAUCAGUGAAAGUUUUUUUUUAGAAAUUUAUAUAUUUUUUUAAUGCCUAAUGACGAAAAAAAUUUAUGACAGAAGUUUAAAAGAAAUUCUUGAAGGAAUGCCUAACACUAUUUCAAAACCGAGUUUUUGGAAACUGCUUUCAGAUAUUGGAAGAUUUCCAAGCAAAAUAUGUGGGAAAUAUUUUUUGGGAAUUUUGCUCGUAGAAUUUCGAACUCAAAUCAUCAAGAAAUUCCUGAUACACUAGAAGAAAUUUCUCAUCGAUUUCCAAGUUAAUUCCUAGGCGUGUUUACCUCCCCAGACGUAUACUAGAAGGUAAAUACCUGGAAGAGUAAGAGUGAAAACUCGGGAAUGUUGAGAGGAAUUUUUGGAAAACCUCAAGCAAAACUCUUUCUAAGAAGGUUUUUUGGUUGAGCUACCUGAAUGAUGAAAUGAUGCAGAUUAUGAGAGAUUCCAGAAAUAAUAUUCGGAAAUCAAUUUCAAAAUAUGUUGUUUCUGUUCAAGUAAAAGCAGCUGGAAAAUUUUUUGAAUACAUUCCUUAAAAUCCAGAAGUACUGUAAGACAAAUUCUUGGAAGGAAGAGUAUGCUGCCUAAAAGCUGGAAUGUUCGGAGGAAUUUUGAUGGCAAUUUCAAUGGUAGAGUGCCUUUAGAAAAUCUACCUAAAGUUCUCCAGGGGAUUCUCCAGGAGUUCUUUAGGAAUUUCUGUUUUAAGUUCCACCACAGUUUCGUAAGUUGGUUCUGAGAUUCUUUCAAGAAUUUCUCCAUCGACUUCUUCAGGAGUUUUGUUUUUUUAAAUGGAGAUUUUCCUCCAGAAUUACUGUAUGAUUCCCCCCUUCGAGAAUUUCCCCUUGAAUAGGAUUCCUCUAGGCAAUCUCGCAUCAAUCCGCUUGGUAGUCUUUCGGAAUUCGAUGAGAAGAUUUUGUUUGCAGGUCUAGUAGAGCUUCUGACCCCAAGGGUUCUCUUCUGGGGUUAACCGAGAUGUCCCUUUUUAAAUUUCUUCUGGAGCUUCUUCAGAAGUUCCACCAAGAAUGCGAUAUCCUUAAGGAAUUCAUUCUGGGUUUUAUCCAUCAGAUGAUUCUCUUGAAAUUUACCCAGAUGUAUCUUCUAGAAUACUUCCAGGAGUUCCUCCGGAAUUUUCUUCAGAAGUUCGUACGGGAAUUCUUCCAAGAUUUUCUUUUUUGAAACUUCUUCAGAAAUUACCUCUGAGAUUCCUCCAGGAGUUCCCAUCGGAGAUUCUUCCUGGGAUGCAUCCAAAAGUUUCUCUGGCAUUCCAUUAGAAAUUUCCACUGUCAUUUUUCCAGGAAAUCCUUUUUGGAUCAUUCCAGGAGGGAACUUUCCAGAAGUUUACUCUGUGAACCCCCAGGAGUUGUUUCUGGCAACCUAACUGGAGUUUUGUCAAGAAAUGAUGCAGUGGUUUCUGGAAGAAUUCCUGUAUCGAGUUCUUGGAUUGAACCCCACAACAAAUUAUCAGAGGAAUCCUGGAGUAAACUCGAUUAAGAAGCUCUAAAAGAAUUUCUGGUGAAACUCCUGCAGGAUUCUUUGGAAGGAUGAAUUCCCUAAGUAAUCCUCAGAAGGUCUUCUUGGAGGAACCAUCAGAUACUAUUUCAAGCGGAAUAUUCAGAAGGAGUUUCUACAAGAAUUAUAAGCAGGAAUCCCAGACGGCAUGCUUUCAGUAAUCUACAGAUAGAGUUUUGAAAUUCCCAGAUGAAGCCCCAGAUAGGUUUUUUGAAAAAAUGUCCAGAAGUAAUUUCUGGGACAAUCUUUAGAAGAAGGUUCUGAAGGAAUCCGCAGGUGAAUUUUUUGAAGCAACUAGAAGAACGUAUACCUAGAAACUUAGAACGUAUACCACCAUGCUUAUGACAAUAGUGACAUAAAGACGUAUAAAUUUGAAGCAUUCCGUCCGUCUUUCACAUUUAGCUCUCCUUUCGGCUGUGAAAGACGGACUCGGUUAGGGUGACGCUAUUCCAGAUUCACUAUCAAUUUCACAGAAUCGUAACUUGUUCAGUGGCUUAGUUGAUUAAAGCGCCGGACUAGCGAUACGGAGUCGUGGGUUCGAAUCUCACCGGAACAAGUUUUUUUUUUUUUUUAACAAAUUUACACUUUGCCUUCGAAUGCUUGAACUGCAAACGUCUGUUUCAGACCUUUAGCAGGAAGAGGGCCAUCAAUUAAUUGAUCGGAAUUUUUCAUAGGAGAUCCCUCAACGUGUUUGCAUUUUCAGGAAUUUUGCCAGUUAAAUCCCUGGAAGAGAGUUUUCUGUUUUAUCUAUGAAAUUUUAGGAGGAACUUUAGUUGCAAGAGAAACUGUAGACAAAUCUUCUGGAAGAAUUCCUAGUAGGGCAUAUUGAAGAAAUGCAGAUUCUUGAAAAUAUCUCGAAGGUAAACAUUGACACUAAUAGGUCAUAUCAGAACAUAGGUACAUUAUAAUUUAAAUAGUUUUAAAGAACCUCAUUCCGCGGAAUUUCGUUUCGAGGCUUAAUUGACAAAAUCAUUCGGUAUAUCGCAUACCCUUAACACUAACCAGCCAUUUUUCGAAUGGAGUCUUGUGCGAGAAAAAAAAACCGCUAAAGCCGCAGAGUAAAACACUAAAUUGAGUACCAGCGAGCGGUUAAACUGUUUUUAUCCGCCAAUUUUCCCUCAUUGAAGCGUAGCCGCUAAACCUAAUUAAUUUGUUCUUGUCCACUUUUUUCCUCCGUGUCUAGCAGGUAGCCUGCUAGAGCAGGCGAGAGUGAGAGAGAGACAGCUCCCGCGAGAAUAAUUGUAUAAAGACUAAUGCAAACAGAUUCAUUCUGCCGGCAAAGUUGGCCAUCGUGUCGUGCCGCAGCGCGUGUUAAUGUACAGUAAUUUAUAAAUUUUAAAAUUAAGUAGUGCAUAGUAGCAGCGGUCGUCGGUUGUUUCUCGUUUUUGUUUUUGCUCAAAUCCAAUCCAAUUUUCUCGACUCGCCGCAGCCGAGAAAGCCCCAUUUGUACAUUUCCGUGUAUGUAGCUUUGAUUACCUUUCCAUCUCUCGUCCUGUCUCUUUCGCUCUCUGUUGUUCUGGAAUUGUACUGGCGCGGAAGCAAACCAAGCAAUAAAAUGUGAGUCACAAAAGCAGCAGACCAGUCCCGUAAUAUCCCCGGAUGGAGUCCAACAACUGUGCGGGGACAAUGUAAAUAGUCAGUCCCAUCCCCCUUUUAGGGACGAUACUCGUACGUUUACUACUUUCCAAUCAAACGAAAACACAAAUUAGAAAUCUACAACACACAAUGUGCGUCGCUCUUGUUGCAGUUUGCAAACAACCGGCGCACUUUGACUUUUUACGCAGAUAAAUUGCAUAACUAGAAGAAAGUAAACUCAGAAACUACAAAUCACACAAAAGAAACACAAACACACAAAUCGAUGUAAGUUUACGGUACCUUUUAUGAUGCGCGCAGAUGAUAAUACAAAGAUGACGAAAUUAAUAAGUAAAUAAAUAAAUAAAGAAGAAGACGAUCGAUAAUGAAAUGCUGUUUUAUGAAAACCUCAAAAAGAAGUAAAAAAUAGUGAAUAAUAAUAUUAAAUAACGAUAAUGCAAAAAAGAAUCUCUUCGAUGUUAUAUAAAUAUAUAUUUAUGAAUUCCAAUUUGAAUAAAACAAAACUUCAAAUGUCAUUUGAAAAAUUAAUUGCUUGCCCUGGUGUCUUUAGUGAAGAUGAUGAUGACAAUGCCCUUUGAUGGAGAUCGAAUUUAAGAAUAAGCUCAUUAGAAUCACAAAAUGGAUGGUCGGCUUUUGCACCUACUUACACAAAGAUCAAGAAAAACUGAACCAGCUCAUCGUCUCUUAUUCUUGGCGUCUCAGUGGUGUUUCAUUGGGUCUUAGAGGC